UAUUUGCCGCCAGCCAGUGUUAUUUUUUGUAAAAGGAUUUGUGCGUAAAUUGCUCAAAUCAAUGAAUAAAUAAGUGUAAGUUUCUAUUCUAAUUAAGUGUCUAUUUGUGAACAAAUUACAAUCGCAGCCUGACAGAAUGACUGUCUCAUAUUCUCGUUAAUUUUGUUUUUGCGCGUUUGCAGCAUCAUAAUUCAUGGAGAAACAACUAUUGAAAAAGUUUAACCCUGAGAUAGCUGCCAAGGAACUAACUCGGGUAGCGGAAACUGUAACUUGCUUAGAAUGUUGUAAAUUUUACAUUGUUCCGGAGACUGCCACUUGUGGGCACACCCUGUGCCACGGCUGCUGGAUAGGGCGGCAGGCGUGUCCCGUCUGUGCGCUGCCUGUCAAGAGACGGGCAUUGAAGCAAAAUGCAGUUAUCAAGAGAUAUACGGAAUGUGUACAGAAAGCUACAGCAUUGUUUGAAAAACAGUUUAACAUCAAAAUGGAAGAAUUUGCUCUAGACCCGCUAGUUCAACCAAUAAAUAAGAUAGAUGAAAAAGACCCAAGUAAAACUGUAAAGGCAUGGCUAUGUGACUCUCAGAACCACUUCUCAGCCCCUGUGUCCACCCAGCUAUCCACACAGGGAGAGGACCCUGCUGUUGAAGUAACAACAUGCGAGAUCCAAGUCCAUACAGAAUCAAAGAAGGUUCAGAGUCCAACAAAAGUGAUACAUGCACCACCUCCCCCCCAGGAUGACUGGGACAAGAUUGAGAGUGUUUCAGACACAGAAGAAUUUUUAAAAAACAAAGAAAAUUUUGGCCCCAACAUAGACCCAUUUCAUCUAGAUGAUGAUGAAUACACAACAGAUCAUCCCCGAAGAAGUUCCAGAAAAAGGGAGCACAAGAAUGAAUCUAAACCCAGUGAAACCUCAGGGGAUAAGCACAGCUCUAGUAACAUAAGCAUAGAUCCUACUGACAAGUUAAACAAAAUCAAGCAGAACUGGAGCAAUGUUAAGAAAAUGAGAAAAGAGUUCAGUAAGUUACAUAAGAAGAAUAAAAAUAAACUAAAUGUCUCAAUAGAAAUGUGUAAGAAAUCUAAGAGUGCCAUCAGCAACCCUGCCCCAAGUGUAGAGCCUGAAUCUCAAAAAGUUAUAAUAAUAGAUGAUUGUACACCAAAAAUAGAUGAAAAAGAGAAAUCACCUGUUUCCGAUAAAAUAAUUAUUGACACUGAUAAUAAACAUGAUGCUGUAGAUUUGAACAACAAAAGUCCAGGAAAUGCAUCACCAAAAGAUAAACUUAGUUGUCAGGCAAUGGAUACCAUUCAAGAUAUUGAUAAUAUGUCUAAUAGAGACCAUAGAACUAACAGUUCAUCUAUAUUAAAUAAUUUUAAAGGUUAUGAUGAAAAUCAAAGAGAACCCGUAGAGACUGAAGUUAAUUUAAUGUCCAGAAGCAAUAUACCUUUUCUUAAAAAGAGUGCUUUGCAAACAGAUAAACCUACCGAUGAUUCGGAAACCAAUCCCAAAAGUACAGAGACAGACAAAGAAAAUACUGUUCAAACAGUCAACCAUGCUGUUAAUGACAAUAUUGAAACUGAUUCAGAUGAUAUACAGAUUACAAUCAAAAUUGGAAGUACACUGACUAAUAUUUUUAUCAAGAAAAAGAAAAAUGAUGUUAAAGUGAAACUUAAUACAGAUCAGGAGGCUCAAACAUUGCAGUGUAUGGAAAAGGCGACAUCUUGUAAUUCAUCUCCAUCUGUUCCUAAAACUUUAGAUGUACAAAACAUUGAGAUCAAUAUUGGUGGUGAGGGUGUAGUCAGUGCUGUUACACAGCAGACAAAAUGCAUUGAAACCAGUAAUGAUCAACCACCAACAACUAACAAUGUGAAAGAUAAUUUAAAUAAAACUGCAUCAACUAAGAAAGACACUGCAUCAGCUGAAACUAUUCCUAUUGAAAUCUCAGCAAGCCUUGAGAAAGAACUUACUAAAAUUAUGGAAUGUGAUGAUGAAGAUGAUAAAAAUGAAGCUCAGAAAGAUAAGACACAGGAGCCUCAAGAGAAAAAGGAAGAUGUUCACAAAGUAUCAUCUACUUAUACUCCUAAUAAGGGCCAAAAAUCUGAAGAAAUGGAACUAGAUGAAGACAUGUUUGCCAGCGGAUCAGUCAAAGAGAACAAUGUACAACUCCUUAAAGCUACAAAACCGGCUCCAUCUGAAAUACUAAUGCCUACAUUGAGGCAAAAGAAACAAACACAAACACAGAGGCAGGCUGAUAAAAGAAACAGAGAAAACGACGAUGAGAUGACUAGUAACAAGAAAAUAAAAGUUACAAGUGAAAUCUAUGAAGAUAGUAUUGAUGAUAUACAUAACGAAGAUAAUAAAGACGAGAGUUCAAUCAAUUACGAUUCAGUUAUGGGCCAAGUGUUUGCCAAUAUUGAUGCAGAUAUUGGGAAAACCAAUAAAAGUCAAAGCAUCAUCGAAAGUCAAGAUAAGACAUUGGUUGAAAAACAGGCUGAAUCUCAGGCAGUUAUACAACAUUCACAGCUACUGAAAACACAGAAAACUCAAAGGAAGGUGUUGGGUUUGAGUAGACUGGUCAAUACUACACAGAACAUAAAGAGUAAUUUGCCACCAAAGGACAGUGAGAGCCUUUUUGCAUUAUCAAAUGUGGACUCGCAAAUUUUAACAGAGAAGGGCCAUAAUCAGAAGCACGGCCCAGAGACCCAGGCUCACAUCGAGAACCUCCUUACACCCGGGAUGUGCCAGAACCUGACAGACAGCCACCACAGCCAGGAGGCUGGCCACAAGAGUCAGGAGGCCGGCCAUAAGAGCCAGGAAGAUGGACAGACCAGCCAGCACGUGAUCCCUGCCACGCCGCAGGACCAUGACUCGGAUGCUAGUGUGUGUGAAGAGACACCACAGAAAGCUUCGCCAUUCACAAGAAAAUCCAACGCGGCCAGCGGCGGCCAACCCAAACAGACACAAUCCCAACUGAACCCCAACGAGGCACAACUCAUCAAGGAAAUCAUCAACAUCUCCGACACCGACAAAGACACCACCGUCAUAGCAAAACCCAAGCUAACCUUAGCAACGCCCACUAUAAACCAGUUCUGUAACUCUGUCCAGCAUAAUUCUACACCAGUAGCUCGGAAAAGUCUUAAUUUUGACACAGCGGAGAGCACAAAUGCUACAAGUACAAGUAAGAAUGAGUUCACGAAGCCAAGAACACCGAACGUAAAGUUUUGCGUGGCGGCUUCGUGUCUCACGUCGGCGGAGGUGAAGACCGUGGAACUGCUGUGUGCUAAGAGGGGGUGGACGUUUGUUAAGGAGUUUACUAAGGACUUGACGCAUUUGGUUGUUGGGGUGGAUGAAGAGGGCAGAUCGCAGAGAACCGUAAAGUUCAUGUGCGCGCUGGCGGCGGGGCGGUGGAUCGUGCGCUACGAGUGGGCCAACACGUGGCUGCGACGUGGACACGCCGCCGAGGAGCCGUUCGAGGCGCUGGACUGGACGGGCGAGCCGGGCCCGCAGCGCGCACGCACCACCGCGCGCAAGCUGUUCGACGGCUUCACCUUCUUCUGCAUGCCGCCCUUCAGCGUACUCAGCGAACCUGUGCUCAAGGUGAUGUUAGAAUCAGCAGGCGGCCGCGUGGUGGCGUCGGCGCGCGAAGUUCAAGUGGAGGGUGACAACGUGCGCCUGCUGCUCGCCGAACCGGAACACACACAAGAAAAUCAGUUCACAUACCUGGCAUUAAAUCUAAACAUCGUCCCAGUAAACUACGAGUGGGCGCUGAACUGCCUCGGCAGCUACACUCUCACGUCUAUCCUCGACCUGAUGCUGUGUCCCUCAUCCCUGCUGCCUGCCGUCACUUCCAAAUGGCCGCAAGUCCUUACCACACAAGAGUUUGACACUGUCACGGAGUCUGACUGACCAGGUGAUGGUAGUGAAGCUUUUGAAAAGGUUGGAUUGAGGACUAUUAACUUCUUAUUGCAGUGUACGUGUGUGUUUAAGCAAAAUACACAAGGACAUGUAAUUUGUCAGGAUGGCCGUGUCGGAGGCAAUAAAUAUCGGAACAUGACGCCAUCUUAAUGUUACCUUUACUAGCAAUAGCCUAAGCGUUUCAUCAUCAGAUCAUCACUAUACUAAAUUCUCUCAUUUUUGUUGAGUUUGGUUUAUUAUGAAUGUCGUUAUCAAAUUAUUUUUUGUCAUUCCACGGCAGAAGUAACGCGAGUCAUCAUUUUAUUAAUUUAUUCGCGUUUACGUUAGUCUUGCCCUGAAACGACAAGAUUCACAAAUAUAGGUGUCAAAAGUACAAAAAACGCAGCGGUUUACACUUAAGAUUUAUUAAAUAAGUGUUAAUUGUUUAUUCUUACGCUUAAAUGCAUACAAUGACAUCAUGUGGUAUGAUUACAUUUUCUUAAUGAGAUUGCACGUGUUUGCUUUUAUCGUUUAAUUUUGCAACGUUUACUUAAGUUGUUAUGAAAACAGCAGGCGAUGUUAUUUCAUUAAAAUACGGGUCAAUUGAUAAUAGUUCAGUUCAGUAAUGUACCAGUCACCACACGGGAUUGUUAUGCCAUUUAGGGUUCUUGCU